AUGGCGCCGGUUUCGCUGCGUGGGCCCGCGCAUUGCCGCUGGCAGUUACUGCUGGACCCCGCGAAGUGGCUGACGUGGCUCGUAGUCACUCUUGCAGCAGGAAGGCACCGAUCGAAGAUGAUUGCUCGCGUGGCCAUCACCGCCCCGCGGCACGCGGUGGCUCCGUCGCCCGCCAGCCGCACCGGCCGCGCUGUCUCGCGCAGCAGCACGCGCGCCCGCGCUGCGUCCCCCACCCGGGAGGCGCCCGAGGACGCUGCACAGGGCGACGCGUUCGAGGAGCUGAAGCGCAUGUCGCGCCAGGAGGGCCGCUACCUCCAGCAGUCCGUCAACCGCCCCCACACGGGCGAGUACCAGUGGCGCCAGGCCCCCACGUUCGAGGACUGCUAUCCUAACAGCGAGAAGGUCUACCACGAGGUCGAGCACGAGGGCCUCACGCUGCGCGUGCCCUUCCGCAGGAUCCACCUGUCGGAGGACAACGGGUACCUCGACGUCCACGACACCUCGGGGCCCCACGGCCACGAGGCCAGGGAUGGCCUCCCGAAGCUGCGCGAGGAGUGGGUGCGCGGCCGCGACGAGCAGGAGUGCUGCACGCAGAUGUACUACGCCAGGCAGGGCAUCGUGACGCCGGAGAUGCGGUUCGUGGCCGAGCGCGAGGGCAUGCCGGUGGACUUCGUGGUGUCCGAGGUCGCCCGCGGGCGUGCGAUCAUUCCGGCGAACCGGCGGCACCUGGAGCUGGAGCCGACGAUCGUGGGGCGCAAGUUCAUGACCAAGGUGAACGCCAACUUCGGCAACAGCGCGGUGGCGUCGUCGAUCGAGGAGGAGGUGGAGAAGCUGCAGUGGUCGACGAUCUGGGGCGCGGACACCGUGAUGGACCUCUCGACGGGCGCGGACAUCCACGAGACGCGCGAGUGGGUGAUGCGGAACUCGCCAGUGCCCGUGGGCACGGUGCCGAUCUACCAGGCGCUGGAGAAGGUCGACGGCGACGUCGAGAAGAUCACCUGGGAGGUGUUCCGCGAGACGCUGAUCGAGCAGGCCGAGCAGGGCGUGGACUACUGGACCAUCCAUGCCGGCGUCCUGCUGCGCUACAUCCCCCUGACGGCGAAGCGCAUGACGGGCAUCGUGUCGCGCGGCGGGUCGAUCCACGCCAAGCUCUGCCUCCUGAACCACACGGAGAACUUCGCGUACGAGCACUGGGACGACAUCCUGGACAUUUGCGCGCGGUACGACAUCUCCCUGUCGAUCGGGGACGGGCUGCGGCCAGGGUCGAUCUACGACGCCAACGACGAGGCGCAGUUCGCUGAGCUCAAGACGCAGGGCGAGCUCACGCGCCGCGCGUGGGAGCGCAACGUCCAGGUCAUGAACGAGGGCCCUGGCCACGUCCCGAUGAACAAGAUCCCCGAGAACAUGGCCAAGCAGCUCGAGUGGUGCUCGGAGGCCCCGUUCUACACCCUGGGCCCCCUGGCCACGGACAUUGCCCCCGGCUACGACCACAUCACGUCGGCCAUCGGCGCGGCGCGCAUCGGCGAGCUUGGCACCGCCCUGCUGUGCUACGUCACGCCGAAGGAGCACCUGGGGCUGCCCAACCGCGACGACGUCAAGGCGGGCGUGAUCGCGUACAAGAUCGCCGCGCACGCCGCGGACCUGUCCAAGGGGCACCCGCGCGCGCAGGUUUGGGACGACGCGCUCUCGAAGGCGCGCUUCGAGUUCCGCUGGCAGGACCAGUUCAACCUGUCGCUCGAUCCCGUCACGGCGCGGUCGUACCACGACGCCACCCUCCCGCAGGAGCCCGCCAAGACGGCGCACUUCUGCUCGAUGUGCGGGCCCAAGUUCUGCUCGAUGUCCAUCACGCAGGACAUCAGGCAGUGGGCGGAGGAGAACGGGUUCGGCGACGACGUGUCCGCGAACGACGCCAAGAUCGCCGGCAUGCAGGCCAUGUCGGAGAAGUUCCAGGCCAAGGGGGGGGAGGUCUACCUGACGCCCCCCGAGCUCGACAACUGA